UGGCAACAAAAAGUAAUAGUGCCAGUGGCAGCCACCGGUCCUAUCGCUAUCAUUCUACCCGGCGGAGAGACCAAGGGGUUCACGUCCUUCAUCAAGCCUUUGCAUCAUCUCUAACGAUGGCAUUCUCUGUAAGUUCAAGACUGCUUCAUCUGCACCGUGUCAUCCGACCGGCCAUUGUCAGCCAUACGAAUGCAAGCCGUGUUGGUCCUCAAGCCCUGGUGGCCUCCAGGCUCAUGUCGUCUGCUCCUAGCUAUAAUUUUGUGACAGUGGAAAAGCGAGGUGAAGGAGACUGCGUGGGAUUGGUCACCCUUAAUCGCCCCAAAGCUCUCAAUGCUCUGUGUGAUGGUUUGAUGAAGGAGGUAGAUCAAAUAAUGAUUGAGAUGGACAAUGACCCUGGUGUUGCUGCUGUCGUCCUCACAGGCAGUGAGAAAGCUUUUGCCGCAGGUGCUGAUAUCAAGGAGAUGCAGAACAAAAACUUUGUAGACUGUUAUCUGUAUAAUUUUCUGGAGGGCUGGGAUGGCAUCACCAAGAUUAAGAAGCCUGUCAUUGCAGCUGUCAAUGGCUAUGCUCUUGGGGGUGGCUGUGAACUGGCCAUGAUGUGUGACAUUAUCUUGGCUGGAGAGAAGGCCAGAUUUGGCCAACCAGAGAUUGUUCUUGGUACCAUCCCUGGGGCAGGGGGUACGCAGCGGCUUACUCGUGCCAUUGGCAAGUCCCGUGCCAUGCAGAUGUGUAUUACGGGUGACCCCAUCACAGCACAACAAGCAAAGGACUGGGGCCUGGUAAGUUCAGUGCAUCCCCCAGACCAACUGGUGGCUGAAGCAGUGAAGAUUGGGGAGAGGAUUGGCCAGCACUCUAAGCUCAUAGUGGCCAUCUGCAAGGAAUCUGUCAACAAUGCUUUUGAACUGUCUCUGAAACAAGGACUGACAGUGGAAAAGAAGCUCUUCUACACUACAUUUGCUACAAAUGAUCGCAAAGAGGGUAUGACUGCAUUUGUUGAGAAGAGGAAAGCAAAAUUCUCUGAUAGUUAAGAAGAUUGUCACUUGUGAUAACAUGAAGAUGUGACUUCAUGCUGGGAGAGUAUUUUUGCCUGUACAAAGCCACUUUUCAAGUUAUAUGAAAUGCUUUACUUUAAAAAGUUUGGCAAUUCCUUAUUUAGAUUUAGGAACUGGUUAUGUGUUGUCAAUAUUUGUUGCAUGCAACUCGCGGUGUAACUAAAUCUAUUAUAAUAGUUUCCAUUAAGUUAAUAUUUAGAUUUUCUAUGUAUGAGUCUGCUAUACAUAUUAAAUAUGAUUUAUAAUUA